AUGGUGAAACACCAAUUGGUGCUUAAGGCGAAGAGCCUCUCAAUCUCUGAUCCUGUCAUCCUGUCUGGCCUUGGAGCUGAGUUGGAUGGACAUGAAAGAAGAAAAAGAUUGAGCAGCUUCUUUCUUGAGUGGCUUUUUUCUACAGUAGUGCCCACUUUGCCUUUGCUUGGAAAUGUAGUUCAGAAGCUAUACUCAAGCAUUGAGGAUGAGCUCUAA